ACGAAGGAGAGAUGGAUUGUGGCUCUGUCAAAUAAUUAGUUUAUAUCGAAAUCUUUAGUGCUUUAAUUAAUAUUUAGUUCUGCUAUUAUAAAAAUAAUUGUAAUGAUGGACUAUUUAUCAAAUAUUAAUUGGAACAAACUCACGCCAUGCCUAGUGUUGUUAGUUUUAGAAGUUUUAUUAGAUUUUUCAGAGUGCACGUCACAAGCUGAAGUGAACAAGCACUUGGAGCUGGGCCGCGAUUUCCUCGCUCGUGGUCAGCUGUCUGACGCACUCACACAUUAUCACGCCGCUGUUGAGGGCGAUCCACAUAACUACCUCACAUAUUUUAAACGAGGCACUGUAUAUUAUGCACUUGGUAAAGCAAAAUUUGCCUUGCAGGACUUUACAAAAGUCUUGGAAAUUAAAGCUGACUUCACAGCUGCGAGACUUCAUAGAGCCAAUGUCUACCUCAAGCUAGCACAGUACAGAGAGGCCAAAGAAGACUAUUUACAAGUUGCGUACAGCGAGCCGUACAAUGAGGAGGCGGCGGCGGCGCUGCAGCGCGUGGACGAGCUGGCGGACGAGCUGCGCCUGGCGGAGGCGUACUACCGCGGCCGCGACCACCGCGCCGCCGCCGAGCUGGCCACGCGCCUGCUGGACGCGUCGCCCUGGGCCGCGCAGCUGCGCCAGCUCCGCGCCGAGUGCUACAUCGCGCUGAACGAUCUCUUCUCGGCGGUUUCCGACAUCCGCUCGGUGAACCGUCUGCAGCAGGACUCGACGGACGGCUACUUCCGUCUCGCCUCGCUGCUCUACCAGCUCGGGCACGUCAGCGACGCUCUCAAGGAAAUCAGGGAGUGCCUUAAACUGGAUCCCGAACAUAAGUCGUGCUUCCCGUUCUACAAGAAGAUAAAGAAAGUUGACAAGCUGCUACUCGACUGCGAGGAGAAGAGUCAGUCGCGCGACUUCCUCGGCUGCGUCGAAAGCGCCAACAAGGUCCUGCGCGUAGAGGACCAAGUCACGCUGGUCGUGUUCGAGGCCCGGCGUUGGCUCUGCAGCUGCUACGCCAAGGAGGAGGCGCACUCGGAGGCGCUGUCGGCGUGCGCGAGCGCGCUGGAGCUGCAGCGCGACGCGCGCGUGCUGUGCGACCGCGGGGACGCGCUGCUCGGCCUCGACAUGUUCGACGACGCCAUUCAUUCAUAUAAAGAGGCUUUGGAGUUAGAGGAAGGUUUGCAGCGAGCCAAGGAUGGGAUUAGCAGAGCUCAGAAACUACAGAAGCAGUCAGAACAGAGAGAUUAUUAUAAGAUUCUAGGUGUUAAGAGGACGGCGACGAAGCAAGAGAUAGUCAAAGCGUAUCGCAAGGCUGCUCAGAAGUGGCAUCCGGACAACUUCCAGGGAGAUGAGAAGAAGCUGGCAGAGAAAAAGUUCAUCGACAUCGCCGCAGCAAAAGAGGUGCUGACGGACGCGGACAAGCGCGCGCAGUUCGACGCGGGCGGCGACCCGCUGGACCCCGAGCGCGGCGCGCCGUCGCCCUUCGCGCACUUCCAGCACGGCUCGCCCUUCCAGUUCAAGUUCCACUUCAACUGACGACCCUCCGCUAGUCGCAGGCCUCGCGUCGCUUCAAGCCUAAUAUUUAGGUUCUCGUUGCGCGCGUGACCUAUUUCGAAAUGAAAUGGCUUUCUCCGCUCCUAACACUUUAAUCGGAACGAUAUUUUUCACAGUACAAAUGAAUGCUUCGCGUACUUACUCUUCAGCACUUUUUUUUUUAAUUACUUAAUAAGCUAAAAAUGUUUUGUUGUUAAUUAAAAACAUGCAUAAUUUAAAUGAAAAGAGGACAGAUAUAUUAUAAUGAAAUAUAUGAUAAUAUGCUAGAAAUAAUUUAUUUUUCUCACGAAUGUUGCCAGUUACAAUCGCUUAAUGCUAGUCUUAAGUUAUUCAGAGAAACAAAAUAUGUCAUAUAUUAUUUAUUACUUUUAAAUAAAAUAUAUGACUUAACAAAAAUUCGAAUGAUAUGAAUUGAAUAACUUGUCAUUCGAAUUAUGUUACAUAAAGUCCUAUAUAUGUAUGUAAUAGAAACGUUGACAAUACUACAGCAUACAUUUAUCUCAUUACGCCAUUAGGACAUAAUAUUUCUUAUAUUAAAGGUGUGUUACUAAAAUAAUACAAAAUGUUGUCAGUGCUUAAAAUUGUUUGUUAAUUGUUGCAUAUUGAAAUUCAAUCCACACACCGGGCAACACUCACGUAAUCGUCCCGUAUUCCUUUUAUGUGCUGCCGAAAGCGUGGACACGAUCCGUGAUGUUUAUUUCGACUUUUUGUUUCAAAUUUUGCUAACUUUUCAUUUGGUUUUUUUUUUUUGCUAACUAGUCAAUUCCGUUUAUUUUAUACAAACUCACACGUACAAUGAAUUAUCUGAAACUUCUGUCGUUAAUAUAGCAGAUACAGUAGCCGCGCCUUUAAUAUAUUAUCGAAUCGUUAAAGUUCUCAUUACUGCGUGAAAUAAUUUAUUUAUAUUAUUUAAACUAUGAACAGUUUUGGCGUUUUUAGCUGUAAUCGUGCAUUUUGAUAAAUUAUUGUACAAAAUAAGACUAUGAGAACAUUCAAAACGACCGAUUUAUAUAUUUUUUUUCAUAAUCGUUUUCGAUGAAAAAAUACGUUGAAGCUCGUUUUGAAGGUUUUCUUGAAUUUUGUAAAAGUUCUGUCGAUAUGAACUGCACGCGGCACUCGUUCUUCCAAAGCACGUGUCGACACGUGUCACGUGCGCUGUAGUGUAGGCCGAACGACACCACGGCGCGUCGGUCGAAACGUAAACGCAAGUUACGUUUAAAAUAGUUUCGUUCUCUACUUAAAGACAUUUCGUAUUUAUAUUGUAAAUAUUACGGAAGUUAUACAGGGCGCUCAUUUCGGGUCGAUUUCUUUUUAUCUUUAAGUAGAGAAUAGUGCGUAGUAUUUCGGUCCGACUGUUUAUAAAUAUUUGUUUUAAAUAAGUUAUUUUGUUGUGAUUUAAACCAACAUUGUAAAUAUUUUAGAAUAAAAAGAUUUAUGAUA